GAGUGCACACACAGCAGUCUAUUCGCAUCAUGUUAACAACUGUGCAAAGAAUUAGUCAUGCAUAAUUAUUUUGUGCAACAUCAGUUAGCGACAUCAGAAACUCAUGGACUAAGGACUGAAGACCGAAAUGAAAUGCUGCGACAGUAACGGAUGUGUAUUCUGAGGCUGGUACAGACGACAUGGUGUGCCCAUCAGGGUCCCGUUGCGGAUGGUGGCGUUGGGUCGUCACAUUCGCGACUUUCGGUCUGUUUGUCUUAACUCGUGGACUCCAGUACAGCUUCAGCAUACUGUUUGUGAGCCUGCAGGAGGAUUUCCAUUCCAGCUCGGCGUUGACAGGUUGGCUAGGGUCUCUGUCAAUUGCACUGACUUGUCUUGCUAGUCCUCUCUGCUCUCUCCUUACAAACAAGCUGAGCAGUCGUACCGUCGCCAUCUUGGGAGUGAUUGCCUUCUGCGCAGGACUGUUGACGACGUCAUUCGUUCCCGUGCCAACGCUGGGAUACAUGUUCUUCACGUUUUCGAUCUUGACAGGCGUGGGCUCCAACCUAGCUACGAAUUCCUCCUUGGCCCUGCUGCUGGACUGGUUUGCCAAGGCGAACUUCUCGCGGGCAAGCGCCCUCGCUCUAAUGGGAUCCACAGCCGGUAUGCUUGCCUUUAGCCCUUUGUUGACAGCCUUAAUAACUCACUACGGAUGGCGUAAUGCGCUGAGAAUUCUCAGCGGUGGAAUACUCGUGAUCGGGAUAGCUGACGGUCUGCUGCUGGCUGACCCACCAUCAACCGACGACUACGCUAGAGCGCCCGAUGAAUCUCCUGGUGUUGAGAAACAUGAAUUGGAGAGCAUGGUCCCGGGGAAGCAGGUUCAUGAUGACGGCUGCAUUGAAGGGACUGACGAUGAAACUACCAACAAUGAGGAAGCACACAUUUCAAAUCAAGGAUCUCUCGAAGUUGGAGCUGAGAGACAUUUUCGUGGAAGGCUGAUUAGUGCUUUAACGAACCCUGAGGCUUGGGCGUGGUACUUGGCUUCGGUUUUCUCAUACUCGGGCUGGACUUUCUUCAAUAUUAAUUACGCUAGUUUGAUGCACGGACUUGCUCUGGAUAGCAACCAAAUUGCCUCCGUCAUCGUGUACUUUGCUUUGGCGGAACUUGGCGGGAAGUUCCUCAUAGCCGUGAUUGGAGAUCGUCUGCCUUUCUUGUAUCUUUAUCUAUUGAUGGCCUCAUGUCUCCUGGGAACCGUCGUUCUGGGGUUGAUGACAAUUGCCAAGACGUUUGGUGUGAUGGUGCUUCUUGCAGUGGUUUCUGGGGUUCUACGGUCAGGCGUCUUUGCGACACAAUUUACAGCCCCAGCUGAACUUUUCCACGAGCAGUAUGGCACUAAUGGUGUCAUGGUUAUGACGUUAGUUCCCUCUGGAAUCGGAGUUCUGAUCAGUGCACCGUUAGCGGGUGCAAUCUAUGACGUCACAGGUGACUACGUUCUUAGUCUUCUUGUCAUUGCCGCCCUCUUCGUUUGCGCUUUAGCGGCCUUGAUUUUUAUUCCAGUAAGGAGGAGAAUUAAUCAGGCCGUGCAUGUUGUGUAAACUCGCCCACCCUCUAUACGAAUAUGGAGAUUGUGUCCCGAAUUUCAUUUCAAAAAUAAUGACGAAUCCUGGCACGUGAUCACUGUACACUCCCGAGGCCCCCUUCAAUGGAGAAACCAUUGUACACCCUAAUGUACAAAGCAACUUCCCCGUGACGGAUUAUCAGAACGAUAGCUACAAUCCCGGCCAAAAUGGUUGGGACACUUCCUGAACCUGCCACGGUUACUCACUCCCCCGGUCUCCCGGUCAAUGUUGUUCUCUCCAGCUGAUGGAGCACACACCGCGCAAUGAGAGACAACAUUGAAUGGGGGUUGUGGGCCCAGUGAGAUUUGGCCAGGAUUGUAGCUCAGUACUUUUGCCAUAGCUGGGGUUCCAGCUGAUGGAGCACACACCGUACAAUGAGAGACAACAUUGAACGGGGGGGGUCCAGCGAGAUUUGGCCAGGAUUGUAGCUCAGUGCUUUUUGCCAUAGCUGGGGUUCCCACGGUGAAAAAGGGAUAGCAUAAUAAUGGUUUACGAUAAUAUGAAUAGAACAGAAUCCGUAAUUUUUAAAGAGGUUGUGGAAUGCUCGAAAACAUUUCCGUCAUUUUUUGGGUAUAUGUAGCCUAAGGUGUGAUGAAAUAAAAACGACUAUUGUG